AUGCGGAGAGGGAAGAAGCUGGAGCAGGAGCUGGGGCUGGCAGCGAAGAGGCAGUGUCUGGAGCUGGGCAGUGACCAAGCCCAGGCAGCACAAGAGAUUGGGGUGCCCGUGCCCCAGCAGGUGCCCUUGCCCGGGGGGUGCCUCUGCAUGCAGUGGCCGCGGCUGUGCGGGGUGGGCGCUGGGCUGCGCAACCUGGGGCGCAGCUGCUUCCUCAACGCCACGCUGCAGUGCCUGACCCACACGGCGCCGCUCGCCAGCUACCUGCUCUGCGGGGAGCACGGCCGCAGCUGUCACCGAGAAGGCUUCUGCAUGCUCUGCACUAUGCAGACCCACGUGGGGCAGGCCUUUGCCAGCAGCGGCCAGGCCAUAAAGCCAGAGGCCAUCAUCCGGAACCUCAAGAACAUUGCCCAGCACUUCAGCCUCCGGAGGCAGGAGGAUGCCCACGAGUUCCUGCGCUGCGCCAUUGACGCCAUGCAGCAGGCCUGCGGGAACGGCUGUGCCCAGCUGGAUGGGCAGAGCCAGGCCCCAACGCUGGUCCAGCAGAUCUUUGGGGGUUCCCUGCGGUCCCGUGGUGAGUGCUGUGCUGUGCUUGCAGUGCCAGAAACCUCGGACACCUACGAGCCUUACCUGGACCUGGCACUGGAGAUCGGGGAGGCCACAAGCGUGGUGCAGGCGCUGGAGCAGUUUGUGCAGCCAGAGCUGCUGUGCGGGGAGAAUGCCUACAUGUGUGCCAGGUGCCAGCAGAAGGUGUCUGCCCGCAAAGGCUUCAGCAUCCACCAAGCUGCCAACGUCCUCACAGUGGCACUGAAGCGCUUUGCUUUUGGGGGAGGGAAGAUCACAAAGGCCGUGGCGUACCCCAUGCUGCUGAACGUCCGCCCCUACCUGUCUGUGCCGCGCGGGGACCCCGUCCUCUACAGCCUCUAUGCGGUGCUGGUGCACUCUGGGCACAGCUGCCACGCAGGGCACUACUACUGCUACGUGAAGGCCAGCAGUGGGCAGUGGUACCUGAUGAACGACGAGCGGGUGUGCCCCGCGGGCAUCCAAGAGGUCCUGGGGCAGCAGCCCUACCUGCUCUUCUACCAGAGGGUGCCCAGCCCCAGGAGGAGCUGGCAGGGGCCACUGCCAACUGCCUCCAGCCUGCCCGGCUGCACUGGCGGUGUCCACAGCGAGGACAGGAAAUCUGUCACCAAGGAGCCCCUGUCCUCAGCAGGGAUGGGCCAGGCUGACCCUCCUGGCACAGCAGAACGUGGCCUUGGCAGCAGCAUCGUGUCCCUGGUGGAAGCACGAGUGGCCAAGGUUUGCACCUUCCACUGCCUGCUGCUGCUGCCUGUGCUGCUGGGGGAGCAGCUGGACAGCAGCCUGGGCUCCCCAGCACAGAAGCUCCCUGCUCUCUACCUGAUGGAUUCCAUCCUCAAGAACGUGGGAGGAGAAUACCUGAAGGCCUUUGCCCCAAAGCUGGUGGAAACCUUUGUGUCUGCCUUCCAGAAGGUCUCUGCACUGGGGGAGUUGGCUGCUGCUGCAAUGCCCCAGGCGCCGAGCCAGGAGCAGCUGCUGAGGCAGCAACUGCUUGUGAAGGAGAAGCAGGUGCUGGAGCUUCGGCAGAAGCUGUCCGAGCUGGAGCAGGCUGGAGCACAGCUG